AUGGCUGGCAAUUUCGAAGACGUCGCAAAGCAGUUCAUUGAGUUCUACUACAACCAGUUCGAUACGGACCGGAAAGGACUCGGAAGCCUUUAUCGCGACCAAUCCAUGCUGACCUUUGAGUCGGCCUCGGUUAUGGGCGUCAACUCCAUUGUUGAGAAGCUUUCGUCUCUCCCUUUUGAGAAAGUCAAGCACCAGGUCUCGACUCUUGACGCUCAGCCCACCCUCGAGGGCGGUGGCAUCAUCAUUCUCGUCACUGGACAGCUCCUGGUCGACGAGGAACAGCGCCCGAUGAACUACACGCAGGCGUUCCAGCUCCUUCGCGAUCCCUCCGGUAACUACUUUGUCUUUAACGACAUCUUCAAGUUGGUAUAUGGUUAA